AUGACAGAUCCAUCCUUGGCACCAAGACAGCACGACCAAGGGUUUACCGAAGGCCACGCCAGCGACCCGUUUGCGACUCCAACACUCAACCCUGCGGAUUUGCCAACGCCGCCCGAGCCGGUCGCUCAGAUAUCGUCAAGAUCGCAAUCCGCGCUGCCCGUCGCUACGUCUUCCUCGCCGAAUGGUAGACCUCACCAUGAGAAGGCGCCGUACUCCUACAAGUCAGCCUCCAUGUCAUCAAGUGGUGAAAGCUCCAUGAUGACCGGCAUCUCAUCCAUCGACCUCGAGAAGGGAGCGUUGGGGAGGGAACAGAUCCAGAACAAGAAGAAGCACACCAGAAGAGAUCGACAAAGUAGGGAUCGGCACAGCAAAGAACGUCGAGAUCCAGAAAAGGCUGCACAUAGCAGGAGCCCAGGCUCACACGACAGACAACCAGGAAGAGACCCGGAGAGAGUCGCAUAUCUCGAGGAUGACGAGUUGGACGAGGCGAGGCAGCUGCAAGAGGAGAAGGCCGUCAAGAUCCUCUUAUACUUGUCGGGGCCUUGCGUGGUGAUGUCCUUUCUAAACGCAAUCUGGACAUUCAUUUCCUUGAUCAUUACUUCCUUGGCCCAACCAGUACGACUGUGUGCUCGCAGACCGACCUUUGGCCAACAAUUAGGGGGUUUGCUCGGACCGGCUUUCAACCUUCAACUCAAGAGCAUCUACACUCCAUUACCACCACACGCCGAUGAAGACUCGUCAUAUCGGACAGGCAUGCUUUUGACGGUGCAACUACUAUCGCCAUUCCUCAGCCUUGGCAUGAUGGUUGCCGCAUGGGUUGUUGCUGUGUUUUGGGGUGCAUCUGCGGUGGUGGGAGAUCCUUCAGGGACUGACAAGAGGGAUGACGGGAGGGAGACUGUGAUGGCUUUGCGGAACUGGUGGGAGAAGUGGCUUGUGAGGAGUAUGAGGGAAGAAUAA